UGCAGUUAUAGAAAUACAUUCUUUAAAAAACUAACAUUGACUUAUAUUACAACAAACAAACAUUAGAUCACUCAGGCCUCACAAGUUCACAUAUACAGUGAAAUAUUAGUACAGAUACACUGGACUAUCUUAAACAAAACAAGGUUUGAACCAUGUCAGGAGUUUUAACAGAACGGCUUAAAGAUGGUGGAACUAUUUUAUGUGCUGAGGGUUAUAUGUGGGAAGUCGAACGACGCGGAUUUUUGGCCCUCGGAAACUUUUUACCGGAAGUAGUACUUGAGCGUCCGUCGGUAAUCCGAUCGGUGCAUGAAGAAUUUGUGUUUUCCGGAAGUGACGUUGUAGAAGCAUUUACAUACUACGCUCACAGAGGCCAAAUGGCGCGUCUAGGCAGAAACGAUGUGGUCGAAAAGCUCAAUAGAGACGCACUGCGCAUAGCACGUGAAGUAGCAGACGAAUAUGGCAAACUUAUGGCGGGAAAUAUUUCAAACACGCCCCUGUACGUACCAAACGACCCGGUGGUUUCACAGACAAUCUAUGACAUGUACAAGGAACAAAUCGUGUGGGCGGUACAAGGCGGGGCUGAUUAUAUCAUUGGUGAAACCCACAGCUCAUUUGGCGAGGCAGAGAUUGCUCUAAAGGCUAUCAAGGAGCACGGGCAAGGAUUGCAAGCGGCCAUUACUAUGACGGCCUAUUUUCCGGACAAGCUAACAGACGAAAUUCCUGUAACCGAGGCAUGCCGCCGUUUAGAAGCUCAGGGCGCGGCAGUUGUUGGAAUAAAUUGUGCACGAGGGCCCGACACCAUGCUGCCUUUGGCCAAGGAAAUCCAAAAAGUGUGCAAGUGCCCAGUGGCCGCCCUCCCCGUGCCUUACAGGUGUACGGAAAAGAUGAAAACAUUCUAUUCAUUGACAGACCCAAAUACAGGGAAGAAUGUGUAUCCGGCAGACCUAGACUGUGUCCAGUGUAGCAGAAAUGACAUUCGAAGGUUUGCAGAGCAGGCAAAAGAGGCCGGGAUACAGUACAUUGGACUGUGCUGCGGGAACUCGCCACAUCUAACGCGAGAAGUAGCGGAAGUGUACGGAAAGAAUCCACCAUCUUCAAAAUACAGAGUUGAUUUUUCGCAAAGUGCGCUUAAUGACCCUGAUCCAAAAUAUGCGGAGACAUCGAGGAAAAAACGUUUAUACAUGCUUGGACCAGAUGCUAAGUUUGAAUCAUAAAACAUUUCAUAGGGUACUUUAAAAAAAUAACUUGGCUAAAUAUGAGAUACUAUACAUGUAAAAUUUUGGCGACAUGCGUAAUAACUACCCUUUUUGUGCCUCAUUUUAAUAAAAAAAAGGAAAAA